AACAGUGAGGCAUACACUUUGGAAAAGUUUGGGGCCAGGGUUCUGUCAGUUAAGGACAGCAGAUCACUGUGUGUUUGUGUGUGUGUUUGUGUGGGUCUGCCUUACAGCUGUCAACUUACAGAACAGCAUCUUACAUCGGUGCUAGAUGUGUUUAUGAGAACGUCUGCCUAUAACAAAAGAGAGGGGACAGAGGACAGGAAAUGGCACAGUGAGCACAUUGAAACGUGCUUGAAAAAGUUCAAGAAGGUCAAAGAAAUGAUGGACGAUGGCUGUGAAGACACCUGCAAAGUUCUUAUUGCAGAAACUCCCGAGUGCUUCAUCUGCAGAGACGUGCAGCUGCUGGACGGAGAACCACUGAAAAGGUUUUGCGACUGUAAGAACCUCAUGGCGCAUCAUAGUUGCCUGCUCACGUGGGUCAGAAUGGGGCUGAAGUGGGAGGAUCAGCUGAAGUGUCGUGUGUGUAAUGCAGCGUACCAGCAGCAGAGAGUUGCCCCAUGGCACAUCAUGGUAUCUCAGUGGCAUGUGUGGACUGUGCUGGUGGUGACAAUGGUUCUGGUGGCCCUGGUUCCCUACACUGUGUACCGCAUGCUGACAGCCUUCGAUAACCCUCCGCCACAUACUUUCUUCAACAUGGCUGCCAUCUGCUUUGGCAUCCUCUCUGAAAUCCUGCUGCUCAGGUUCUUAUACUGCUACGUCACCAACCAUUUCCGGAAAGCACAGUGGGCUUCCUUUAAUCUUCAACCUCGAAAUCUGGAGGAGGAGGAGCUGGAGGCUGAGGUCAGAGGUCACAACCACAGAGCAGAUGCCCUCUGGCAAUGGAAAAGCAGCCCUGCGGUGGAAAAGGCAAAGCAGAUUGACUCACAGUGAUUCAUUUAACUUCUGGACAGGAUGGAGUGUCUGCCUGCUGCCCUGAUGGCUGCGUGUCAGCAGUACCAACCUGGCACAAGCAGCCAAGCAUCACAUACCCAGUCUCACAUGGAAUUCACAGGAAUGUGAAUAAAAAUUAUGAACAAUUUCACGCAACCUUUACCUGGAUCUUAAACAUUCACAAAAUGGCCUCUGUGUUGUUAGAAUUAUUUCAGUAUCCUGAGAGUGGAAGGAUAUAAGGUUUUGCCUGUUUUCUCUCUUGUUGCACUUGAACUGAGUUAAAGCCAAAGUCUGUUGCUGUCCAAACAGCAACAGACUUUGCUGUUUGUUGGUGGGGGUCCAGAAUUUCAUUCCAAGCAGAAGCACACCUGAUUCGUCUCAGCAAACUCUUGCUUAAUGAUUUAUUAUUGCUCAAUCAGUUGAGUCUGAUGUAUUCUCACUAGUAGGAAGCAUUCCAUGAUCGAUGUCUCGUUUUUGCUGUUGAAGGCAAAAUGUAUGUUUAUAAGUUGUAUUAUAUAAGUUGUUAUAUUUAAAUGCUUGAUUUGAUGAUUGCACUUUUCACUUUUAAAGGAGAUACAUAGACCUCAGUCCAGACUUAUAAUCAGAUAAUAGUAGCUAAAGCAUAUCAUGAGGAGGUGUACAUUCAUCUCUUCAGUAUUCAUGAUGUUGACAUGUAGACUAAGCAUCCAGUGACUGUUGAUUCAGAUGCCGAUUAUCUAAGACAAAAAAAGUGUGGCAAAGUUGUACAGUUUUGCUGAUUUCUCUUUUGUUCAAUUAUUCAAGUUAAAUAGAAAUACUUUAUUGUGGUCAGUAUUGUGGCCUCUGUGGUUUAAAGUAUUCAUCUUCAAAAAUAAAACCUAUGGUGUUCAUUGGAAGAUACUACAAACAGAGUACAUGCAAAAAGAAUUCAUCUGAAUUUCUUCGAAAAAAUUGGGGUUGAGGAUUGUGGGUUGGGGUUUAUGUAAUCUUACAGACCCAGUAACUUAUGGUCAUGCCAAAUUCCCUGAACUACAACCUGGGCACGAGGCAGGAAUUCACCUGGGCUGGGACACUAGUCCAUCAAAGGGCAACACACACACACAAACACACACACGCACAAACAUAAAUAAACAUUAAUAUUAACACCUAGGGGCAAUUCACCUUAACCUUAAGGAUUUCAAAGAAGAGAGAUCAUGCACAGAAACACCACACAUGAGCUCAAGGACUGAACCACGGACCCUGGAGCUGUCAGACAUCAACGAUACCCACUGUAACACCAUGCAGCUCAUUAUUUUACACAUUCUUUAUUAUAAAACACAAGUAAUCUUUUUAAUGUCUUUUUAUAUUUUGUAAGCUUUGUAAGCUCUUACCUUUAAUCAAGCUCUAAAAAGGACUCAAGUUAUAGCCAUGUAUUGUGAAGAUUACAUUUUUCUUACAUGCAGAAUUUAAAAAAUAGACUCUGCACUAGAAACAAGCUCAUACGGGGUUAAUUCAUCAGCAAAUAUGAUACGUUUCUGAACUGUGCUAAGUGUGAUUUGACCUUUACUCUUAAUUAGAUUUGUUUCAAAUGAGAGUAAACUGAUAGUUCUGUUGUUUCUCCUUAUAAAAUUAAUAUUUUUUCAGUUUUGUGCCACUUUAUAAAGAGCUGUUUGUUUUUAGGGAAACAGUCUUCGUAUGCUUGAGAUCUUGUUACAUUCCUACAUCAACAAAUGUGAAAUUAUAUGCAGCGUGACUGCAAUACCCAGGUGUUUGCUGUUUAGGGGUGGUUUUAAAAUUUGCUUUUCUUUUAAAAGCAGUGAUUAUAUUCCUCCAUGAAUGUGGUCAUGUAAAUGUAAUUUUCUGCUAUUGGCAGCAAUGGAAAUUAAAUUUUCGGCUAUUGGCAGUAAAAUAUAUGGUGUAAGUUGUAAAGUCAUAUGUUUUCACUUUUAUAUUGCUUACCCGGUAUUUGUUUGGGAUACCACUCUCAUUUGACUGUGAUAUUGAGAAAUAAAGUAUUAUUAUAUUA